AUGCCUGACCGUCCGUGGUUUCGACUGAAGGCGAAGCUCUGGCGGCGAUCUUCGACAUCCUCCGUUCCGGCCGCCGCCGCCGCCACCACCACCACCACCACAGUCACCACCCCCAAUACCACCACGGUCAGCUCCGAUGGUUCUGCUGGGUCCAGCGACUGUAACUUCAGUUCCAGCUUCUCUCACCACGACCACGACCACGAUCACGGUCACCCUUCCGCUCCUCAACCCUCCCACCACCACGGUAGCCCUCCGACUCCAUCGUCCCUGCCUAACGAAUCUGCUCUGCGAGACUUGACUACCGACAACGACAACGGACAGCUGCAGGACCCAUCGGCUAACGUUUCUCCGUCCGCCGAUCACCAAGCAGCCCGCCGCGCACACUUCCGCCAGACUUUGUCUCGACCCUCUCCCGACGACGGACGCCCUCCCAGCCACCCGGUUGCUUCGGAGCACGGUGAUUCCAUAGCUUCUGCUGCUGUUGUGGGCGACAUCUCCCGACCGCCGGCCCCGACUUCCAGCCGAGAACAGCUUGAAGGUCCUCUCGACGACGUCCCACCCGCAAAGUCCCGACCAGAGGAUACCGUCGAAGAGCAGCGUGAAGAGACUCGACCGUCGGCCAUCCAGCAAUCAGGUGCUGCAUCCUCCAGUGCAGCUCGAGGCUCAUUGCAACGCAAGCCCGUGGCCCGCACCUCUUCUAACAAACGUCCCACCUCCAGUUUGUGUUCGGAGCACGGUCACCCCCCACUUGUAUCGAGCCUCGCCUCUGAUCGCCUACCCUCGCCGACCCCAACCCCUCCCCCGCCGACUACCGGUCGCGCCAACCCGCCGUCUCUCCAGCUUGCUUUCAAUAGUCACGGCCUUGAGCGCCUGGGGUCUCCAGCCGUUGACCCCCAAUCAACCGUCUUAGAUGCAGUUGCGGAAAACCCGUCCGGGGAAUCCACAACUUACCAGGUAGUGACCUCAACGACACCUGCACCGUUUCCAAAGCGCCCGAGUCUUGGUUCACGCCGUCAGUCGCUGCUUGCGCCGUCUCACCAUUAUUUGAUCAACAGCCUGCUAGACUCUGGCACGACGGGAGAACCUGACGGACUCGAAAACGGUCGCUUCAAUACGUACGGCACAGGCAUGGUUCGCAAAAUCUGGGUUAAGCGGCCAGGUGGGUCGGCCACUCUGGUUCCCAUUACAGAUGACUUCGUGGUGGACGAGCUGCGAGACCAAGUGAUCAACAAGUAUGCCAACUCCCUGGGCAAGACUUUUGAUGCGCCCGACAUCGUUGUCCGGAUCUCGCCACGGGAAGGCUCCAAUCGACAGACACCCGAUCGAGUCUUGAGCCCGGAGGAAUCACUCAUGAAUGUCGUGGACACAUACUAUCCUGGAGGACAAGUCAUUGAAGAAGCUCUCAUCAUCGACAUUCCCCAGCGACGCACGCCUAAACCGUCCCCGCGCCCUCAAGUCUACUAUAAUCAGUCCGAACCGGGCGAGCACGGCGACUACUUUCCUUUGAUGCCAGCAAAUCCCACUGUCCCGACACCGCCUUCACACCCAAACAACUCCUCUACCAGCGUCAACGCCCAUCCGGCUCCGUCAAUAUCAAUCCUCACCACAGGUAUGGCGCCUCCGCUGCCUUCUCCAGGAAGUCGCGGGAAUCGACACCCGCGUCGGCCACCACUCACUCGCCAUACCACAAACUCCCCUACGAUGCUAGGUCAGGUGUCCGCUCCGAAAGAUCCCAAUGGAGUUCCAGGGCCCUUGUCUAAUCAGCCGGUGCCUUCCAUCCCUACUCCGCCUGGCCCUCCCCCGGAGUCGCCGCAGGCCAAGUCGCUCACACCGCCUGCACGCGGAGCUUCUCCGCGACCCCGCCCGUCUGCGCCGACCGCAAAGCCGAAGAAACCGAGUGCGACACAGUCAUUGAGUGGUGCUUUUGGUGGUCUCAUCGAAGGCACUGUACCGCCGAUCAACGUCUUGAUUGUUGAGGACAAUAACAUCAAUCAAAGGCUUUUGGAAGCGUUCAUGAAGCGUCUGAGUGUGCGGUGGAAAUGCGCUGCAAACGGUGCAGAGGCCGUAAAGAAAUGGCGACAGGGUGGCUUCCAUUUAGUCCUGAUGGACAUUCAGUUGCCUGUCAUGAAUGGACUGGACGCGACAAAGGAGAUCCGGCGACUCGAACGGUUGAAUGGCAUUGGUGUCUUUCCAAAGACCGCCGAUGGACGUGCUAGCGCGGCCACGGCAUCUCUGGCCUCACCGCCAGCCAUUGCGGGCAACAGCGAUCCUUUGAAUGAAGAGGACACGCUGCACGAUCUCUCCCUGUUUAAGAGCCCGGUCAUCAUUGUGGCAUUGACGGCGAGCAGUUUGCAAAGCGAUCGUCAUGAAGCCCUGGCGGCUGGCUGCAAUGACUUCUUGACCAAGCCCGUGCGUUUCGAAUGGUUGCAGCAGAAAGUCACGGAAUGGGGCUGCAUGCAAGCUCUGAUUGACUUCGAGGGUUGGCGCAAGUGGCGUGGUUACGCCAACGACAACUAUUAUUUCCCUACAGCGGAAGGCCAUACAAGUCCAAUGCAAACCGGUCCCGAGACAGCGUCGAAAAAAGCGUCUCCCGCCAUCACGCCAUCGCCGUCUUCGGCACUUGGUCAAAAUGGCAAGAAGGAGCGCAAAGCUCUACACCUUCCCAAACCUAUUGAUGUCACGCCUGAGGAUUCCUCUGGCAGUGGGAGUGGAGAGGGAUUGGAUUCACCAAGCAGUCCCUUGACGUCCGUUCCAGUUCCGGGAACUCCGGCUGAUCCUGAUGCACUUUAA